AUGGAUAAAGUCUAUGAUGAAUCGCCACAUCUGCCCGGUACGGGCGAAGUGGUGAAGCAACAACAGCUGAACGACGAGGAAUCACCAUCGUCAACGCCGAUCAAAGAAAAAGAACCUCAUUCUCAAUCCCAAAAAACUUGGUACCGCCUUGUCGUCAUCAUCUUUCUGCUAUUCAUCGCCCUGUGCAUUUUCAUAGGAUUGUACGUCAAGGAGCUGAAUAGUAAAGUUGAUGAGAAGGCUGCUGUCGAUUCUGUCGAUUCGAAUCCUAGCAAUCCUCCAUCUGAAGAUCAUGAUGAACCAUCGCCAAUAGAGGAUGAGAACGACGAUACGAUUGGAGAACCGAAUAAUAAUCCAUUCCGUGAUGAUCCAAAGCUAGCAAGGCUGUAUUCAGCGCUAUCACCAGUGGCGUCCCCUACCUUCUAUAUGGCGAAUGAAACAGUAAAUAACACCAUGUCCGAGUACAAGGCUUGGAAGUGGCUCUCCGAAGAUGAUUUCAGUUCCGACACGCUUGACGAUUCCACUCCUGAUUGGAAGAUCAUAGAGCGUUAUGCUCUCGCCGUAUUCUAUUAUGCUACGAAUGGAGAAGGCUGGAUCAAUCAAUACAACUUUCUCUCCAAUUCCUCUGUUUGCAAUUGGAGUGGAAGCUCGACCUUUCACUUUGGGGUUCGGUUCUGUUCGGAAGGUUCGGUCUCAAUGCUGCAACUCCCAUCGAACAACCUCGAAGGAAGUCUACCAGCGAGCAUCAAACUCCUUUCCAACCUGUAUUCACUUGAUCUGCCCCAGAAUCGCAUCGAAGGGACGAUUCCGUUGGAAAUAUCCGAAUUGUCCAAGCUUUCCAGCCGGUUGGACUUGUCGUACAAUCGUUUGGUUGGUAGCAUUCCGCCGUCCUUAGGUGGAAGGAUGAGGAAUCUUGACGAGCUCUUGCUGCAGUACAAUCGCCUGGAGGGAGAAAUCCCCGAUGAGCUCGUAUUGGCCCUGACCAGCUUGACAACCCUGAACCUUGCUUCGAACCUUCUCACUUCAACGAUUCCGGAGCAUAUUGGUCGGCUGACAUUGCUUCAAGACCUACGAUUGAAUGAUAACAGACUGACCGGAGAAAUACCUGCGUCCAUCGGUUUCUGUAGACAGAUUCACAAGCUCCAUUUGGAACAGAACCAAUUGAGUGGAGACAUUCCGGAGACAUUGCAAAAUCUUAAGAACGAUGAUGCACACAGUUUCAAUCUUUAUCUUCAUACCAACAACUUUACUGCUGGGGCAAGCAUGGAAUUUCUCUGUCAAGAACGAGGACUUUGCAGUACGAAUAUGGGAUGCUCCUCCGAUUGCAACGUCGAGUGUAGUUGCUGCCGACGAUGUUAUGCCAGUGGAGUUGCCAUGUGCGCCAAAGUGUCUCCCAAUUUGGAAAAUGGGUGCCGGAUGAUAAUGGACGACAACUUGAACAAACAAUCCUCAGUAUUGCAGGCCAAGAAUAUUGACGAUGGUUCCAAUACCUACUUGCUUUAUGACACUGAUUUCCCAUUUGUGGUUACGGACAAAAUCAACAUUGAUAGCGAGGAUAGUGCCUACUCUGUGUAUGGAUCGAUUCCAUCGAAUGGCGGGCCUAUUACUUACAACCCUCAAAUUGGUGUUCCAGCUGUCACGUGUCAGGAACUCAUGACGGACGAUUGGUAUAAAAUGAGAGACGACUCGCAGUUGCGCUUCAUGGAGGUGCCCGACUAUCCGUGUACUGAAUUUGGAAAGAGAAUAAUCUACCGCCUCAUUAUGGAAUGGCUGUAUUUUGGAUAA